AUGAAGGUUGCACCAUCCGCGAGCGCAGUCUCGUCGCUCAAAGCGCUGCAAGCCAAGAUCUUCGGCACGACAUACAACCCCACACACGCACGAACAGGAUCCAAGGUGCUGCGUCAAAGGUUACAAGGUCCAUCGAUGCUGACCUACUACCCACCGACGGUCAACUUCAGGUCGAUAGAGAAGCUCGCUCCGUCGCUUGGAAGGUUGCAAGAUAUUCGAGAGAUUCAGCGCGAGAAGGACGUUGAGAGGAAGAAGAUGCUUGGCAAGGGUCCUCCUAAGAAGGGCGAGGGUCGUCGUGCGGCAAUGAAGGGCAAGAAGAAGUAG